UCCAGUUGUUUUUACAUCCCGUCACUAACAAAGAGACCCAGAGCUGCUGUCUCUUAUACUUCGAUUAAUGUUGCAAGUGAUGCGCAAGUGACGAUUUGACGCCGCUUCACAUCGAGACGCGAAAGAGGCGCGGAACUAAAGAGCAGAAACUUACUUUGCUCUGAAACAGAGGCACUUAGGGAGAGUUUGAAAAGCUUCGGACGAACCUCAUUGAAAACAAAGAGGGAAAAUGGUGUCGGCUGGACUGGAGAUCCUGGGGCUGGCGUUGUGCGUAAUUGGCUCGCUCCUGGUGAUGGUUGCGUGCGGGCUGCCCAUGUGGAAGGUGACGGCUUUCAUCGAAGCCAACAUCGUGGUGGCUCAGACAAUCUGGGACGGUCUGUGGAUGUCGUGCGUGGUGCAGAGCACGGGCCAGAUGCAGUGCAAGGUGCACGACUCUGUGCUUGCCCUGAGCCACGACCUGCAAGCGGCCAGAGCGCUCACCAUCAUCUCCUCGGUGAUGGGCGUGCUGGGGCUGAUGGUUGUGAUUGCAGGGGCGCAGUGCACUAACUGCAUCCGCACUGAAUACAUCAAAGCCCGUGUGGUAAACGCUGGAGGAGUCAUCUACAUCACCAGCGGCUUGUUCGUGCUGGUCCCUCUCUGCUGGAUGGCCAACAACAUCAUCUCGGACUUCUACAACCCGCAGGUGCCCGCAUCCAAGAAGAGGGAGAUCGGAGCGGCGCUUUACAUCGGCUGGGCGGCCACGGCGCUGCUCCUGAUCGGGGGAGCGCUGCUCUGUUGCUCCUGUCCCUCCACCGGGAACUCAGGAUACUCUGUAAAAUACGCACCUACCAAGAGAGCCACGCAGAACGGGGACUAUGACAAGAGGAAUUAUGUGUAGCUACACGGUCCACUUCUCCAGAAUAGCAGGCGGUGCGUAAAAGUGACCUGCAGCCUUUGAAAAACUUUUUUCUGACGAACGUAUCUUUGCACCUGCAGUUGUAGAAAUCUGAACUUUGAAAUCAAUGGAAGCACCUCUGCUAUUUUUACACUGGCCCCUCACACACUCGGACCACGAAUUCACACAUUCUUUUUUGUAUCUACAGACAAUAAAACUGUUGGAGAU